AUGACAAAGUUGUACACGGUCGAAGAAGUUUCUCAGCACAACACUGAAUCCUCGAUAUGGAUUAUUGUCCACGACAAGGUUUAUGAUGUCACCAAUUUUCUCAACGAGCACCCUGGUGGCAAGAAGGUCUUGAUUAAAGUAGCUGGUACCGAUGCGUCGAAACAAUUCGACAAUUUCCAUAACAAAAGCGUUCUCGAAAAGUACCCACAACUAUGUAUCGGCGACGUUGGGAGUCCUGCUCAAGAAGACGAUGCAGUACAUGGUUCGGAUGAGGGUCCAUUCGGUGAUUUGGUUCCAUUUGGUGAUCCUUAUUGGUAUCAGGACUUUUAUAGCCCGUACUACAACGAGUCUCAUCGAAGAUUGAGAGCUAUAGUAAGGAAGUUUACUGAAACUGAGAUUAUGCCUUAUUGCUUUGAAUGGGAUGAGGCAAAGAAAGUUCCAAAGGAAUUAUUUACAAAAUUCGCCAAAGUUGGUUUAUUACCUAGUGUCUGCGGCGCACCAUGGCCAAAAGCCUACACGGAUAUAGCUCCCGCCGCAGGUAUCGCGCCCGAAGAUUUUGAUGGAUUCCAUGAAUUGAUUGUUUGCGAUGAAGUCGGUCGAUGCGGAUCUGGUGGCUUACUCUGGGGUCUCAUGGGUGGCCUUGGUAUUGGUCUUCCGCCGGUUCUGAAAUUUGCUUCCGAGGAGCUGAAGCAGCGUAUUGCUCCAGACUGUUUAGCCGGACGCAAGUUCAUCUGUCUUGCAAUUACUGAACCUUACGCUGGUUCGGAUGUCGCAAACAUCAAAACCGAGGCCAAACUAUCCGACGACGGAAAGCACUAUAUCGUCAACGGCGAGAAGAAAUGGAUCACCAACGGUGUUUUUGCUGACUACUUUACCACUGCAGUAAGAACAGGCGGUCCAGGCAUGGGAGGUAUCAGUUUGUUGCUAAUUGAGAGAACUAUGCCCGGUGUCAAGACUAGGCAAAUGCAGUGCACCGGUGUAUGGAGUUCUGGGACAGCAUACAUUACUUUUGAAGAUGUUAAGGUGCCAAAGGAAAAUUUGGUUGGAAAAGAAAACGGCGGAUUUAAGUGUAUAAUGCAUAACUUUAACCAUGAGCGUAUGGGUCUUGCAAUGCAAGCAAGCAGAUUUGCUCGUGUAUGUUAUGAGGAAGCCAUAAAAUACGCCAGCAAACGCCGUACGUUCGGUAAAAAGCUCAUAGAACACCCAGUGAUCCGCAACAAACUUGCGCACAUGGCUAGGCAGAUCGAAGCUACGCAUGCGUUAAUGGAGAUUUUGAUUUACCAGACGAAUAGGAUGCAUGGAACGGAGGCUGCAAACAGACUGGGUGGUCCGAUUGCUUUGUUAAAGGCGCAAGCCACGCAGACAUUCGAGUAUUGCGCACGAGAAGCAGCUCAAAUUUUUGGUGGAUUGUCGUAUUCGCGUGGAGGACAAGGCGAAAAAGUCGAAAGACUCUACAGAGAAGUCCGUGCAUAUGCAAUUCCUGGUGGUUCUGAAGAGAUCAUGCUUGAUCUUGGGAUCAGACAGUCAGUCAAAGUUGCUCAGCUUUAUGGAGCUAAGAUGUAA